AUUCGGCUAAGUUCAAGUAUACUAUUCAUUUGCAAGUUUAAUGUAUUUGUAAUUAGUACUCAUUAAUUUGGGCUCUUUCAAACGUUUUUCGGGGCUAUAGGUGAGGAGUAAGCAGACAGAAAUCGAAGCGGCAUUGAGGGCACACACAUUGAGCAAAAAGAAAGGCUUUUCUGGAACAAUGAAACCAAUGUCGGCACAAGACGAGAAGACGUUGGACACCGCAGUCGCUCUAGCUAACGAAAUUACAUCCAAAUCCAUGAAUGAUUUGGAAAACGAGCAGAAGCCAGUGACCGCGCCGUGUGAACGCUCCAAGUUCCCGUUCAAGUUUCCACUGGUUGCUUCACUGCACCAUGCAACACACCAAGAUGCUGAUAAGGAGGCUGAUAAAGCUGAACGUCGCACAUUUAGUGAGGAAGCUAAAAGCGUUCCCGACAUACAGGCUAGCUUAACAAGAGAAAGUAAGAAGGCGUACGAGUGUUUGAUUGAGAAACCCACCCCAGCUUCUCUGAUCUCGCAAAUAAACGAAGACAUGCCAAAUGAUUCCCCACCACCAAAGACCGGCACUGGCGCCACGCCAAAAAUGACCAACAAAAUAUCGACUAUACCGAAGCCUGCGCCGCGACAACCGUCUGGACAGUUCCACUCUCUGCAGAAACAAAUACCGUACCAAACCAGGAGCAUCGCUACAGAACUAUCUGACGCUCUUUCUAAGAGCGAUGUGGACAAUGUGAACGUGAUUCCACUACCGCCUCGCGGAAGUAAACCAAAACUGGUCGACAAACCGAGACACUUCAGGAAAUAUCCACUAAAACUACCGACCGAAACUGUCGAGAGACCUCUUCCUCAAACGCCCCCUCAAGUCAAACCACCACCGGUCAUCUACCAGAACACCCUUAGAAGUGCCAUACCAUUCAAUAAGGUCGAAGUACACUCACCGGAACGACGAGCAGCGAUCUCCCUUGAUGUCAGUGCCGCUAGUAUGGGCGCCAUACAUGGUCUCGUCAAAGUACCAGCUUUCGCUACUACUACUACUAAUCCAUUUACGAAUACCCCUGAAAGUAUUCCUAGCACUAGUUCUGUGAACCCAUUCAUACAUUAUAUCGAAGAUGAUACGUUUGAACAAUUCUAUGAUGACGAUUCAGAAGACGAAGUCAGUGUUCAAAAAGAUUUUGAACGGGUGUCAUUGACUAAAGAUCACGUGUCAGUUGAAGAUUUACUCGAGUUCGCCGACCAAAAACCGUCUGCAAGGCAGCGCGGAGUUGAGUCCGACGAAGUAAGAAUUAUGAACAAAGUGCUCAAGAAACAGGUUACACCCGAAGAUUGUCUCGAAGCAUUGGAAUUCAGCGCGUGGAAUGUUCAUAUAGCAAUAAAAUUGCUGAAGGUCAAGAUCUCGGUAGGCGAAGCUGCCCUUGUUACAUUGGAGGACUGUAGUCGCGAGCUGGAUAUAGCCGAUGGCGACAUAGUAAAGGCAUCCGCUGUACUGACAUUGUGUAAUAAAAAUACUGAUGAGUAUUUUGCUGUUUUAUUUGUAACUAGUAUUUGUUCAAAGCUAGGCGAGCUGGCAACGUCGCACGCUACGUCGACUCCUGGCGACUAA